CUCGCACAUGUUCGCACGUGUUUGUUUAUUUUUAUGAUCCAGAAAGAUUGAAUUUGAUAUUUCUUUUAAUUUUAAUUCUGUUCGUCGUAAAUGCUUACACAAUCCUAAAAUGAAAGGAAAAAAGAGUGAACAAAAGCCUUCACUUGCUUACACGGGCAGUAAAGACUAUAGUAAGCCGCCUAAAAUAGCAAACCCGCUUUUACAAUGCCUCGGAGCACCACAUAUAGACUCAUUCAACUACAUGCUUCAAGAUGGGUUGAAAAUUGCCAUCGAAGACUUAUUGCCUGCACAUUUUGAAGGUCCCAAUGGUGAAAAGGUUAAAAUAACUAUAGACGAUGCUGCAUUUUCGAAACCCAGUGUUCCAAUUGAUGUGGUGGGUGUUAAAAACCAGCAGGUUUGGCCCACUGAGUGUAGGCAAAGGGCCGCUACAUACAGGGGUGAUUUUAAAAUAAGAAUGACUGUGAGUGUUGAUGGGAAAUCCGUUUCGGUGGACAAGUCUAUGGGAAGCCUGCCUAUUAUGGUUAAGUCCAAGAUGUGCCACCUAGCAGACCUGUCGCCGGAAGAGCUGAUCCAGCACAAUGAACAUGCAGACGAGUGGGGGGGAUAUUUUGUGGUCAAGGGUCACGAGCGGCUAGCGAGAAUGUUGCUUGUCACCAGGAGGAACUACCCGGUGGCCAUCAAGCGGCCAUCUUGGAAAAUGAGAGGAAACCUGUUCUCGGAAUACGGCAUACUGGUUCGGUGCGUGAAGAGUGAUCAGACUAGCACUAACAACGUCCUACAUUUUCUACAAAACGGCACUUGUAAGCUGAUGUUCUCUCAUCGCAAAGUGAUGUACUACGCGCCUCUACUUCUAAUAUUGAAGUGCUUGGUGGACUGGCCUGACCAUUAUAUUUACAGGCUGCUGUUGAACGGGAAGAAGGAUGAUCUGUAUUAUAUGAAUUGCAUCCAGAACAUGCUCCGGGAACUUCAUGAGGAAGGUCUCCAUACUUCAUCGGAGUGUCGUUCGUACCUCGGCAGGAUGUUCAGACAACGACUCUUCGAGUUACCACCCUGGGCUACUGAUGAGGACGCCGCAGACUUCCUCCUGGAUCGCUGUGUGAUGAUACAUUUGAAGAGUCAUAAGGAUAAAUCCUAUUCGUUGCUGUUCAUGGCGCAGAAGCUGUUUGAUUUGGUGCAGAAUAAGUGCAAGGUGGAAGGCGCGGACGCGGUGAUGAUGCAGGAGUUGCUGCUGGGCGGCCACCUGUACCUGCAGGUGCUGAAGGAGCGGCUUCAGGCCACCAUCGACGUGGUGAGGCUGCAGCUGGUGAGGAAGGCCAACGCUGCGAAGAAGGUCACGCUGACUCCUACUCAAAUCCCCGACCUACUUCGCAUGGCGGGCAAGUUGGACGCCAAAAUGGAGACAUUCCUGGCGACGGGCAAUGCGCCCUCCAACAACGUGGCGCUGCCGCAGCACAAGGGGCUCACCAUCGUGGCGGAGAACAUCAACCGCAUGCGGUACAUGUCGCAUUUCAAGGCCAUCCACCGCGGGUCAUUCUUCAUGGAGAUGCGAACGACGGAGGCCCGCCAGUUGCUGCCAGACGCAUGGGGCUUUGUCUGCCCCGUACACACUCCGGACGGUGCGCCGUGCGGACUGCUCAACCAUCUCACUAUGCAUUGCCAGGUUACACAGUGUCCUGAUCCGAAUCAACUAGCCAAUCUACCGCUCGUCCUCAAAAAAUAUGGUAUGCAGCCGAUCAGUUCUGUCACCCAGAAUCCUAUCAGCCACGACGUGUACAAAUACCCAGUGUUCCUGGACGGCAGACUUCUCGGCUACUUCUCCGAGGACACGGCUGCUGAUGCCAUGGCCUUCCUCCGAACACUGAAGGUGAAAGGCGAGGAGAUACCAAUAACAACGGAAAUUGUGUUCGUGCCUAAAAAACAGAUAUCCGCCCAAUACCCUGGUAUAUUCCUGUUCACGACGGAAGCUCGCAUGAUGAGAUCCGUCAUCAACCUGGCCACUGGAGCCCUGGAGCUGAUCGGCACCAUGGAACAGCUGUACCUGGACGUGGCUGUCACCCAGUCGGAAAUUAUCAAAGGAAAAACAACGCAUCUGGAGUUGUCAAAAUCUGCAUUCAUGAGUAACUUGGCUCAGUUGGUGCCCAUGCCGGAUUGUAACCAGUCACCAAGAAAUAUGUACCAAUGUCAGAUGGGUAAACAAACUAUGGGUACACCCAUCCACACGUGGGCUACGAACGCUGAAACCAAGCUGUACAGGCUACAGACCCCUGCCACGCCUCUGUUCAGACCCACACACUACGACCAUAUAGGAUUGGACGACUAUCCCAUGGGAACUAACGCUAUUGUCGCUGUUAUAUCGUACACGGGCUACGACAUGGAAGACGCGAUGAUAAUCAACAAGUCAUCAUACGAGCGUGGUUUCGCCGCCGGCACAGUUUACAAAUCAGAGUUCGUUGAACUCAAGACCAGUUCAUCAUUUUUCCAAAGGGAUCCCAACAAGCCUGAACUAGUUGAGUUUAUGGAUGAAGAUGGGUUACCGGCGGUCGGAGCGAGGAUACAACCUGACAGUCCGUUCUAUUGCUACUUCGACGGCGACAAGAGUCAGUACGUGGUACACAAAUACCGCGGCAAAGAAGAGGUGUUUGUCGACAGCGUGAGGCUCUGCGGCGACUUCUCCACUCGCUCGCCGCCCACUGCCUGCAUCAUGCUGAGAAUACAGCGCAACCCGUCGGUGGGUGACAAGUUCGCGUCCCGCGCCGGCCAGAAGGGCAUCUGCUCCCAGCGGUGGGCGGCCGAGGACCUGCCGUUCACGGAGUCGGGGCUGAUCCCCGACGUGAUGUUCAACCCUCAUGGGUUCCCCUCGCGGAUGACCAUCGCUAUGAUGAUAGAGUGCAUGGCCGGCAAGGCGGGUAGUCUACACGGUCAUGUCCACGAUGCAACACCGUUCCGUUUCACAGAGAAAGAUACAGCUAUCAAUUACUUCGGUCGGUUGCUCGAAGCGGGCGGGUACAAUUACUACGGAACGGAACGUAUGUACAGCGGCGUCGACGGCAGGGAAAUGACGGCGGACAUCUUUUUCGGUGUCAUACACUACCAGAGACUAAGGCACAUGGUGUCGGAUAAGUGGCAGGUCCGUACAACGGGCAUGGUGGACGCGAUGACCCGUCAGCCCGUCAAAGGCAGAAGACGUGGCGGCGGAGUGCGCCUCGGGGAGAUGGAGAGAGACGCCUUGCUCUCACACGGCGCCGCUUUCCUACUGCAGGACAGACUGUUCCAUUGCUCUGAUAAGAGUCAGGCUGUGCUGUGCAUAAAAUGCGGUUCUCUCCUCGGGCCGAUAGUGGGACGCACUGAAGGGGAAUGCUGCCGCCUGUGCUCCGGCGAGCUGGCGACCGUCUCCAUACCCUACAUCUUCAAGUUCUUCGUCACCCAGUUGGCCUCCGUGAACAUUCAUGUCAAGAUCAAAUGCAAUCAACAGUUGGCUAUCACUUGUUAGGAUUAAUUAUUGUGUUUUUUGUUAAUAAAUUAUGAUUAUAAAAUAAAAUGAAGAGAGUUAUGAAUGUGGAUGAAGCGAAGGAAAUAUGCAGAGAUCGUGGCAAGUGGUAGUCUCUGCCUGCCCCUCCGAGAAAGAGGCGUGAUGUUAUGUAUGUAUGUAUGUAUAAAAUAAAAUUAAUUGGUUAUGUAGCUUUCUGGUUUCAUUUUUAAUGAUUUUUUUUACCCUUUAGACUUUUGCAGCCGGAU